AUGGCACUUGGUCGUCGCACCACUCGAUCUACUACUCAAAGUCAACAAGUUGAACCAGUCAUUGAUCUUCUUGCUCCACCUUCACAAGUUGUUCGCACUACUCGGUCGAGUAUAGAGAAUCAACAAGUUGAACCAGUCAUUGAUCCUCCUGCUCCACCUACACAGGUAAUUCGCACUACUCGGUCGAGUUUAGAGAAUCAACAAGUUUGUCACACCACUCGAUCUAUGGCACUAAGUCAACGACCUAGAACCACCACACAAUCUAAUGUAGAGAGAGAACACCCUCAAGGCUCCACACACCCUACUGUACAGGGUGAACAAGUCAAUGUGACGACCCAUUUUGAUACCGAAGAUGAUAAUCAAUCUUCCCAAGUUCCAUAUGGACAAACAUCUUCCUUUAAGCCACGUGGAGUUACUCGCGGCUUGACAACUACAACUAUAGCUAAGGCAUCAUCAACUGGAAAGUUGUCAGUGACUUUUAAUGCGGAGUGUCGUCAACCAAUUUGUACUAAUGCUGAGAAAUUUAAUAAUGAGAUUGGAUUCAAUAUUCGGAAUCAUGGUACAUUUCAUUAUAAAGAGUGGAGAAUGGUCCCUGAAGAUGUGAGAGCUCCAUUGCGACACUAUCUUUUGGAACAUUUUGACAUCAACUUGAAUGAUGAGACAACUAAAAAAUGCAUUGAUGAGUAAAUGAGAAAAGCUUGGAAGGGUCAUAAGUACAAGCUGCACUUAUAUUUCAAAUAAAUUGGAGGAGAAAAUGAUCUUGAGAUGGCCAAGAGCAAACGUCAUCCAGACUUAAAAGAAGAACAUCAAGAAGAUUGGAUGAUUUUGUGUGAUCGUUGGUGUUCUUCUGAAUUUAAGGAAAGAGCAUUAAAGAAUACUACCAAUCGAUCAAAGAGGAAAUGGGAGUCAAAAAAUGGUUCAGUCUCCACACCACGACAUCACAUUCGACGUGGAAUGGUGUUAACUUCUCCUACCGGUCAAAUUGAGACAUGGCGUCUAAAGCAUUAUGAUGCUGAGAAAGGAUGGACUGGAAUAGAGCUCGAGCCAUUAUAUGUAAGUAAUUUAAAUUUUUAUUUAUUAUAUUUCUUACUAAUAAUUAAUUAAAUAUAUUAUUAGGAUAAAAUGAUGGAGUUAAGGGGUCAACAUCCUCCAGAAGAACUGUCUGAUAAAGAGAUUAUGGAGUGUGUACUUGAACG